ACCUGCGCUAUUCUUCUCCAAAUAGGAGGAGCUUCAUUCUUCCUUCAGCUUCCAGCUUCCAUUUGGUUUCACACUAAACUAACUAACAGGUAACAAAUUUUCUGCAAUCAUUUUUGAAAUCAAUCGGAAUUAGGGUUCAAAUUUUUCAAAUCAUUAUCUUUUCCUUUCAUUUACCUGUUCCUAUCAUAUAGGGUUUAGGGUUUUAUUCUUUGAUUCAUGCAUUGUUUCGUUUGAUUUCUCUCUCAUAUUGUUCAAUUCGUUUGAUUCUUCCUUUAAAUGUUAACUACAAAUCUUCAUAGAACUUUUCUCUAUCUCAAAAACCUAACUUUCCCACCAAAACCUUACCAAUACCCAUCACAAUUAUCUCCACAUUUUUGCACCAACACUUCAGAAGAUUCAACCACUUUUGCAGUCUCCUACCUCAUAAACAAUUUUGGGUUCUCCCCACAAUCUGCAUCCAAACUUUGCUCAACCUACCAUCUUAGUUUUAAGACUGCCCAAAAACCUGAUUCUGUUAUCACAUUCUUUAGAACCAAUGGUUUCUCUAACUCCCAACUACGCGAUAUCAUUGCAAAGUUACCAGGGCUACUUUCCUGCAACCCCUCCAUAAGGGUAUUGCCAAAGUUUCAAUUUUUACUCUCCAAAGGUGCUUCUAACUCUGACAUUGUUAACCUUGUCAGUAAGAAUCCCAGAAUCUUGUCUACAAGCGUGGAGAAUCAUAUAGUCCCAACCUAUGAAUUGCUUUAUAGAUUCUUGCAAUCAGACAUGGACAUUAUUGCUAGUGCAAUACGAUAUCCAGCUUUACUUUGUGAGCAUCGUGUGCCACACAACAUCACAAUCUUGGUUGAGAAUGGAGUUGCAGACUCGAGCAUUGCAAAAUUGCUUCGGAGGAAUAGUUGGGUAUUCCUGAAAUGUGAGAUGCUGAAUUUAGUGGAGGAAUUAAAGAAUUUAGGGUUUAAUCCUUCAAAAACAACUUUUGGUGUAGCGUUGGAAGCCAAACUAACUGUAAACAAAACAUUGUGGAAAGAAAAAGUCGAUGCUUUUAAGAAGUGGGGGUGGUCUGAUGAAGAUGCUCAUGAAGCAUUUAGAAAGAAACCUCACUGUAUGUUGGUAUCCAUUAAUAAAAUUAAUUCAGUGAUGAGCUUUUGGGUCAAUCAAUUGGGUUGGGAUGCGCUUGCCCUUGCAAAAGGACCGUCGGUUUUAUCGAAUAGUUUGGAAAAAAGUAUCAUUCCAAGGGCCUCAGUUGUGCAAUUUCUGCUGAAGAAAGGUUUGCGAAAAAAGGAUGCAAGCUUAACUUGUCCAUUUGUAGUGUCUGAGCAGGUGUUUCUUGAUACGUGUGUAAAACGUUUUAAGGAGGAGACAUCUUAUCUAUUAAAGCUUUAUGAAGAAAAAUUGAGUCUUGCACAAACCAGGGACAAAACCGGCAUGUCAUGAUCAAGUUUUCAGCUAUACUGGAAUAGGUUGCUGGAUUCAAAAUGGUUUCAAGUAGCGGUGCAGUUGCAACUGUGGUUACAUUUCAAAUACCGAAAGUGAAAACAAUUGUGGAAAAAUGCAGUCGUAAAUAAAUACGGUAGUUGUGUACUUUUCAACAUUGUUAAGGCAGUAAUUGUGGUUGUGGACUGCAAUUAUUUAAAACACUUGCAUUUAGGAUUAUGGCGUAGUCUAACCUUAUGUAUUGUUUGAAUCUGCUUCAUAUUCGGUUGCUGCUUGUUGUCUUUACCUUUUGUCCAUAGGUAUUUGAUUAACUGUCAUUGACAUAUUUUUGCAUGUUAUGGAUUUUAUGUGACUACAUUAUGCAUUGAACAUUGUUGUUGUCUUGA